AAAACUUUAUUUUACAUUUCUCUCUCUCUCCCUGGCUUUCUUUUUCUUUCUUUUCGUGCCUGUUUUACUCACAUUUUUUCUUCUGCAAACGGUGUUUACUCGAAACCGGUUUCCGAGGUGUUUACUCGCUGACUUGAUUAUUACCUCCUUUUCGUUCUAUACAAUUUUCCACCUUUUCUCUCUACUGGCCUGCCUGCUCUUUUUCACCUUUUUCGCGCUUCUUCCGCCGUGCAAAUUGAAACUGCAGAAAAAUACCUCACCACCACCAUGAGCCGGCACGAGCUUAUUUAUUCACGAAACAACCCGGUAAAGGAGUCACAGAAAACCGAGGACUUUUCGACUCCUGCGACCAAGUCCUGUGCGUCGGAUCCAACGAACCGGCCCCCCUGUUUUCAUCGGACUCAGAGAGAAGCCGUUGUCACGGUUCUUCAAAAGUUUACCGAUCUUUUCGCUAUUUAUCGAUCGACCUUGGAUCGCCGGAUCUCUACCAUCAGAUUUCAUGACCUCGACGAUCGACUCGAUCAUUUUGAGACGAUGAUGAAGCUCCGAGACGACAGCUUGUACGUGAGCAACAUUCUCGAUGAUUUAAUAGAGAACGUCGAAUCGAACGGCCGAUACGAUGUAUUAAUUCGGGAAAUAGAGGAUAAUGAGAGAGAACGAGAAGAGGAAAUUUGUGUGGUAGAAAAUUACGAGGACACAAUGAAAAACCUUGAUGAGCUUGGAAAACUUUUGGAAAAUGAGAAAAAAGUAAAUGCUCGCGAGAGGGAGGAGUUGGGAACAAAGCUCGCUUCUCUGAAGAACGAGGUGAAAAAACUGCGGUACAAAGCGAACGUUGAAUCGAAAUACGUGAAAGCUUACGAGGAAGCCAGAUGCGAGGCUCACGCCCUCCGGUGCAGUUUUGAUUACCAAACUCUCCGAGAUAAACAGAACAAUAUUUCUUCGAAUGAAAAUAACGAGAUUCGAGUUGGCACGGAAAUCGUAAAAUUUCUCGAGAUAAAUAUUCUCGAAAACGAGAGAGCUGUCUCCGAAUGGCGGGAGCGUUACGAGCAGGAAACUUUGACGUACACAAGUGAAAUUCAACAUUUGAGCAAAGAAAUUGAAGCGAAAGAAGAAAGAUUGAGGAAACUUCAGUCCCAGUAUCGCGAGAGACAAGAAUUCAUCGACACGUACAUUGCCGAGAAGGAAAGAGCGAGGCGGCUCAAAAAGCGCGAGGAACGACGUCGAGACUGUGCAAUCAGGAUUCAGGCGUGGUGGCGCGGCCUGAUGGUAAGACGGAAGUUGGGUCCGUAUCGUCCGGACGAGAGGAAGAAAAAACGAGCCGUUAAAUCGAAGAAAUAAUCUCCGCUUGCCUCAGCCGCGGCUCCUGCUACUUUCUUGCGAGCUCUCAAUCUCUCCGGUGGUGGCUCAUACAACGCUUCGUACGGACGUACGACACUCGCCUGGCGAACUACAAUAUACCUCGACGCGUGUACAAAAGUUCGCUUCUUCCGUCCCUGACGUCCCCGUGGACGCCAGAAGGUAAAGAAGCGUCCAAAAACUAUCAGAUUAGUUUCCCCCCGCCCCCCUCGCUUCUCUCCUUUUUGCCGUUUUUUCUUAUUUUUUAUUCUACAAUGACAAACGAGCACGCCACGACGAGAAAUAGGAAGUGAAAUGGAGAAGGAAAAGCAAAAAUUAUCGCGUCUGUCCCCAAAGUGGUUCGCUACAUUCGUCAUUAUUCUGGUGCAAUGAAAAAACUGUGUACAAAUAUUUCAUUCGCGUUAUUGUGCGU